AUGGCUACCAUUACCAGUGUUACGCAGACCGCCAAUCCUGACACGGAGAGGCAGGUUAUCGGUGCGGUUAAUGGCGAAAGCUCCUUUGACGCAAUAGUCAGUGCCGUGGAUCAGGAGCUGAAUGCUCUGCGAAAGAUCAACAGUGCGAUACACGACAACCCUGAGCUAUGCUUCAAAGAGUUUAAAGCUCACGAUAACAUCACAGCUCUCUUGGAGUCCCUUGGCUUCGCCGUAGAGAGGCACGCAUAUAGCCUUGACACAUCCUUCGUUGCAGAGUACGGCCAGGGUGGUCGCCUGGUGACCAUCUGCUCUGAGUAUGAUGCCCUCGAGGGCGUAGGCCAUGCUUGCGGACAUAAUCUCAUUGCCACCGCCUCUAUAGCUUCUUUUCUAGGCAUCGCUGCUGCCCUUAAACAAUCUGGCGCACCAGGUCGAGUACGUAUCCUCGGCUGUCCUGCUGAGGAGGGCGGUGGAGGCAAGAUCAAGCUCAUUCAAGCCGGCGCGUUUAAGGAUGUCGAUGCUGCGCUCAUGGUUCACGCGAGCACGCCCUUGGACAUUCCUCAACCUGAUGGCGCAGCGGCCGUCGGUGGCAGGUCAGUGGCCAUCUUCAGGGGUAUCUUCACUGGCGAGCCGGCACACGCUGGUGUAGUCCCUUGGAAUGGCAUCAACGCACUGGAUGCCGCGUCGUUGACUUAUAGCGCGAUCAGCAUGCUGCGCCAACAGAUUAGACCUACAGACCGCCUCAAUCUUUACAUCAAAGAGGGAGGACAGAUGACCAACAUCAUCACGGCGAGAAGCGUGGUGGAGGUUGGUGUGCGGACCCUUACUCUGAGGGAGAAUGAGAAGCUUCAAGAGCGGGUGCGAAACUGCUUCAAGGGAGCUGCCCUUGCCACUGGGUGCAAGAUUGAGUUUGAGUCAGUAAUGGACACCUAUGCCGACCUCCACUCCAACGAGCCCCUCUGCAACGAGUUCACCGACAUCAUGUCACGGCACUUUGACAGCCACUUCCACGGCGACAUGCGCGAUCCACAUAUCUCGGGCGGCGGCUCGGACUUUGGAAAUGUGAGCUAUGAGUGUCCAUCACUGCACCCUCUGUUUAUCAUCCCAACCCUGCCGACCGAUAACGUACAUGCUCCUGGGUUUACAAGGGCGGCUGGUGAGCCUGCGGCGUUCGAUGCAGCUAUCAAAGCAGCAAAGGGGAUUGCACUAUUAGGGGUAAAGGUGUUAGCAGAUGAAGAGUUUGCAAAAAGGAUGAGGGAGGCUUUUGAAGAGGACAUGACGAAAUAUAAAUAA